ACUCAUUCCUUUAAACUAAAAAUAAAAAUGCACCUCCCACGCACCGCCGCUGCCGCCACGACGGCCCUUAUCAUCAUCAUCCUCACCGCCGCCGACAUUCAGAUCAGCACAGCUUCCCCGAACCAGCAGCUUCCCAACUUCACCGCCGUCAUAAUCUUCGGCGACUCCACCGUGGACACCGGCAACAACAACUACCUCCCCGACGCCGUGUUUAGAGCCGACCACCCGCCCUACGGCGAGAACUUCCCCACCGGGCAGCCGACGGGCAGAUUCUCGGACGGGAAACUGCUGCCCGACUUCUUCGCCAGCAUUCUGGGGAUCAAGCAGCUGGUCCCUCCGUUCCUGCACCCGAACCUGUCGGACUCGGACAUCCGAACCGGGGUGUCGUUCGCUUCGGCGGGGACAGGGUACGACGAUCUGACGGCCACGAUUGCUCAGGCGAUCUCGAUGGACGAGCAGGUCGAGCUGUUUGAGAAGUACGUGGUGAGGCUGAGGAGCAUUAUGGGCGAUGACGCCGCCAAGGAGACGGUGCAGGGAGCUUUGGUGGCGGUCAGCGCCGGCGCCAACGAUUUUGUGUACAACUACUAUGACCUGAUGACGAGGAGGCUGGAGUUCGAUUUGAGCGGCUACCAGGAUUUCUUGCUGUCUAAGGUCCAAACCUUGGUCAAGCGGAUUUACAACAUGGGAGGGCGUACAAUCGUGGUGGGAGGUCUGCCACCAAUUGGCUGCCUGCCGAUUCAAAUGACGGUAGAGCUGCAAAACCCGUUGGAACGAAGGUGCGUGGAAACUCAGAAUCUGGGUUCCCAGUCGUACAAUGCGAAGCUGAAGAAGCUGCUCGCCAAAUUGCAGUCCUCGCUUGCUGGGAGUAGAGUCGCUUAUUCAAAUGUCUACGACCCAUUGCUGGAGAUGAUCACCCAUCCAACCAAAUACGGGUUUGUGGAGACGAAGCAGGGGUGCUGCGGGAGUGGGCUAGUGGAGAUGGCAGCGCUGUGUAACGCAGAAAGUCCAAGCUGUGGGAAGGAGAUGGCAUCCAACUAUGUUUUCUGGGACAGCGUCCACCCGACCUCCACGGCGUACCAAAUUCUGGCCACCAACCUUUCUCAACAGCUCGCUUCUGCUCUUUCUUCUGCCAGCCCACCCUCAUCGUGAUCGCAGAUAUGCUGCCAUUCUAAAUUGUCAUUGUUUGUUUAUUAUUCAGGAUAUAUAUACUCUUCAGGUCAAAGGUUCGGAUAUGAAACCAACAAGAGAGAGAGAGAUGCAUUAUAUUCGCAUGCAUAAGGAACUAAUUGUCAUUGAUAAAUAAAUAAAUAAAAAUGAACUAAUUGUCGUGAUUGUGUCAUGCAAGGUAGUGGAUUAGUGGAAACUGUUAAACAGAAUAGAAAGGCAAAACCAGAUCAAUUUUAUUGAAUGGAAAAACAAGCAUAAAUACAAUGUUUAAGUUGCA